GAAGCAAAGGGUUGUUAUUGUGCAAUGCAAGCAGCGAGGUUGCAAUCACAUUCCUUUACUGUAAUCUCUCUUCACUGUUAAGUGUUUAUCUUUGUAACAUUCUGAAAAUGCAGGAGGAAAAGACAGCUGAAUUCAAGUUGGAUCUUUCUGAUGAAAGCGUUAAACGGAACACUAUGAAAAUUGUCUGGAUGUUUCAAGGAGUUACUUUAGUAGACAUCAAUGAAAAAGGUAUACUAAAGGUGAAAGGAUAUUUUGAUAAAUAUGUAAUGGGGGAGAUACUCCAACAGGAGAUAGAUAACUCUGUUGACAUAAUACAUAAAUCGGAGCAAAAUCGCAUCUCGGGUUUCGAUACAGUUUACAAUUAUUUUCACACUCCAAAAACGCAGGAGAUAGUUGUAUUCGAGUUUAGAGUUCUUAAUGAACUUAUCAUACCGGCAGCUAUGGAAAUUAUCUGGGAGUUUUCAGGAGUUACUUCGGUAGAGGUCGAGAAAGAUUUUUAUCUACGGGUGAAGGGAGGAGAAAUUAAGAAAUUCUACAUGGUAACGAAACUAAAAGAAGUAGAUAAACAUGUUAAGAUAAUAUGGGAUGGACAAGAUUUAGAAGAAGCAGAGCCGCCAAAAAAGCAACCCGAUGUCGGUAGCUCGAAAUUGCAAACAGAGCCUGGUAUAAAAACGAAAAAUAUGUACGGAUACGGCUAUGGUGUGCCUGCGCCUCAGCAUGAACCAUUUAAAAGAAAACAAGGUAUCAACCAAGCAAAGCAGCCGCUAAUCUACGAUGCUGCUGCACGUGUGCAUGCGCCUGCGGGUGGACCUUUUGUUUUUAACCAACACCAAUGGAUUAAGGAAGCAAAUCAGCUGCCGAUCCAUGACAAGCAAAAUGCGAAUAAGCCUUUUCUGCAGCCGCAAAAAGAAGGAGUCUACGUUGCACAUAACCAUGGUAAGAAAAAGCAAGAAGGAGUGUUUGCAAAGAUGUUUGGUUUGAACAAGGAACAACCUCAGGUCAAGAAGGAGGAAGGUUUCAAACGUGAUAUCCAAAAUGCUCAGCACUUCGAUCCGCAAAUAAAAAAAGGUCCAGAUGGAAAAUACCAUAUAUAUAAUCCUUAUGACGGUGGCUUACAAGAAAUAGAAACGUCACUAGCUCGAACACUAGGUUCCAAAGGAUCGACAUCAAGUUUUAAGAAAACAGAGUUUGGCUCAAGCGGUACGCGUAGUCACUCUAGUUUCUCACGAUCAAGCAGUGCGACGAAUCUAUCUCAAUCCAUACUACAAAGUAGUAAUACGGCGUAUUCCUCUCACUCCACACUACCAUCCAGUUCGUGGAAUCCGUCUCACUCACGAUCAAGAAGUUCGGAGAAUCUCUCUCAAUCACUAUCCAGCACUGCGACGUACUCCUCUCAACCCACAAUAUCAAGCAAUAGAGUGAACCCCUAUCAGUCCUUGAAAUCAAACGGAGCGAGUGGGUUCACGCGAGGCAAGAGUUCACAAAAUUAAGCAUAUAUGCAUGCAUGAUCAGUUGCAAAGAAAGAAAGUAAUGGCAAAGCUAAGCUACGAUAUGUUUUGACAAAGAAAAAAAGACGUGUCAAGAAUAAAGGUCCAACAUAAUUUACUCUAGUCUAUCAGAUCGGUUUGAGCUCCCUGGACAAUUUCAUCUCUUCUUCUAUAAUCUAGUUUGUCUCAUUAAUUAUCUGUUGUGGUUUUAUCACAUAAUUGGCGAUCUGUUGUUUUUGUAAACCUUAAGGUUUUGUCCUCCAAUUGUGUUUAGUUGAUUGAGAUUUUUAAAGAUUUGUGUGCUUUUUUU